AUGGAUUUUAAAUCGCAAGCGGGAGCAAUGAGCUUCCUUGAACCUCAGAAGGCACGAGACGAGCCAAUGAUCAUAUGUAUUCACGAAACGGACUCGAUAUCGAGCGCGGACACUUCUAAGACGAAUACAAAGGAAUUUCAGUCCCUCGAACAUGAUGUCUAUCAACCGCCCACUGCAAAAGUGUGGAGCAAGCUCGCCGAGAGUGUCAGACUAGCAUACACACGCGCCAAAGUUUCAUUGCAAUACCGCGACCAGGAUCAGAAGCCGAUCUCGGUUGCAGGGAAAUUCAAUCAUUGUUACGUCUACCCACUGGACAACCAAAGUGGAAAGAAUGAGCGCAUACUGCUGGGACGGUGGGCUCCGAAGCUUGAAGUCCGGGAUGGUCGUGGCACCAGGCAGACCGUCAUUCAAGCAGCGUCACACAACUAUGCUGGCUUCUACAAUCUUACCAAAGACGCAGAAGCUUUGCAGCACUUAGCUCUUGAGAAGUUGCCUGUUGCCGACUCAAUUGUUGUACGGUCUCUGGAAUCGGCUAUGCGCGAUGGUUUCGCUCAAUUCUUCUCUGCCGACUUUUGCUACACAACCGGCACAGGAUAUGGUUCCAAUGUAUUGGCCUUCUCGGCAAUCCUGAAUGAGGACUGGCUCGUCAUGUUCGAUGACAAGUGCCAUAACUCAAUGCACGUUGCUGCAUAUCUCAGUCACGCCGGGCUCGUCAAGAAAUUUCCGCAUGGCAAUUUUGAGAGCAUGGAGGCCACCCUGUCCGAGUACAAAGACAGAUACGCGAACAUCCUUGUCGCAAUUGAGGGAUUCUACAGUAUGGACGGCACCGUCCCUGCGCUUGACACGAUCGCUCGUCUCAAACAGAAGUACAAGUUCACUUUGCUCGCCGACGAAGCUCACUCAUUGAUGUGUCUGGGCCGCAACGGCCGAGGAUGCAUUGAAGCUUGGAAUGAACAGCACCCUGACCAACCCGUCCGGUCCGACCUCUUCGACCUCCGAACUGGAACAUUAUCCAAAUCGGUGGGGGCGAUUGGUGGCAUUGUGAGUGGGAAACCUCGAUUCGCAUCUGCGGUUUUGAAGCGCCGUGACGAAAUGCUUGCCUGUGGAGUCGAUCCUGUUCCGACCUCUUCCAUAGUCCAAACUCUGAAUGUCCUGGGUCAGCCAACGCUGUUGCGACGCCAUCUUGGGAGAUUGACCGCAGCGGCUACGUUCGUCCGCGAAGAGUUGCACCGAGCAGGAGUCCAUGUUUAUGGUAACGCGAUAUCGCCCAUUCUACCGGUGUACGCCGGCCGGCCUAGCAUGGCUGCGAAGAUGUCGUAUGCACUCCGAAAGGCUGGACUGCUCGCAACGCCGGUGUCUACCCCAGCAGUCCCCUUUUGGGAGUCCCGUGUACGGAUUUGUCUUUCAGCAGAUCACGACAAUGACGCUGUGAACGGACUUAUCUUGGCAGUCGUCAAGGCCACUCAAAACAUCGGGCUGAUUGGGAAUACCAAGUUCGAACCAAAGUUGUUUAACUAUCCUGAUGAGCUGGCCACAGAGCAGGAGAGAACCGAAGCUGUGCAAACGGCUGACCGUAUUCGUCAACUGAUGCACCAAGACAUAACUGCGAGCACAGGCACAACUUACGACAAUGCCAUCCUAGCUGCCGGCCACGCAGCGCGCAACAGAUACGGCCUUGGCUCCGGCGGCGCUCGCUGGAUCACCGGCACUUCAGAACUGCACGUCCAAGUUGAGAAGCUCGCGGCAAGGCUGACAGGAACUCCAGAGGCACUGACCUACCCGGAUUCAUUCAUUGGCCUUAUGUCAACAGUGGCGGCCCUGAGCCGUCCCGUGACGGGUUUCAAAAACCAUGUCUUCUUCGUCCCUGAAUCAGCGCCUCAGGCCGUCUGGGACGGAUUCCGCGUCGCGUCCAAGAAGGGGGCUCCCAAAAUCCAGCAGUACAGCAAUGCCGACUCGUCCUUACUCGACCACGUGCGCUCAUGUGAUCAAGCGACGUACAUCACCACCUUCGUCGAUACUGCAAUUGAGCGGCGGCGCGACGGGAUGAAUGGUCAGCGCGGUCUGCUGGAGACGAUCCAGCGGGCUCGCGGCGUGUCCGGCAUGACGAUCCUCAUGCACGACAGCGCCGGGGCCGGGAGUCUGUGGCGGAAGGACGGACAAUCUCCUGUCUCAGCGCCAUCGACAUCCACAUCGAGUUCGACUUCUGAGUUCCGUGACCACCAACUCCUGAUCUACGGCUCCUUCUAUACCGCAUUUGGCCUGCCGGGAGCCUACCUCGCGGGCUCCCCCGUCCUGCUAAAAGAGCUGAGAUACACGAGCCGCGGGUACAUGUUCACGACGUCGCAGCAGCCGUUCAUCAUGGGCAUGGUCGCUGCGGAGUUGCAAAGGGUGAUGGGGAUUGAGUGUUCAUGA